AUGUGCGAAACAAAGACUACUGGGCGGUGGCGAGGGCAGCGAGACGGCGAUGGGAAGAUGCUGUCGAACCAAGAUCUAGACAUGAUCGCGGCGUACAAGUACAAACCGGGCGCGUACACGCACCUCGACAACCUCCUCACGCCCUUCUGGAACUGGGCGGUGACGCUCCUCCCCAUGUGGAUGGCGCCCAACCUCGUGACCUUCAUCGGCCUCGCCGGGACGUGCCUGGCGUCGCUGUUGGUGACGAGCUACAGCCCGGGCCUGGAGGGGGAGACGGUGCCGUCGUGGUGCUCCCUGCUCUUCGCCUUGGCCUUGUUCUUGUACCAGACGCUGGACGCCAUCGACGGAAAGCAGGCCAGGAGAACCAACAGCUCCAGCCCGCUCGGGCAGCUCUUUGAUCACGGCUGCGAUGCGGCCGUCAAGCAAGGAGAUACUGCUGUGUAG